GUCCCUCGCCAGCUGAAAACCUCCUCGCGCUCGGGAGGUGAUCCAGGAUUUGAGAAGAGGAGAGGACGGGGAGACAUCACCCACACAGCUCGACAACCAUGCACAUACUCGGGGUCCCUUUUUUGCUGCUUUGGCUCAUCUGGGGCCACUCCUGCGCUCUCGGCGGAAAAGUCAACAAGCACAAACCGUGGAUAGAGACAUCUUACCAUGGUGUGAUCACUGAGAACAUGGACACGGUGCUCCUGGACCCUCCACUGGUAGCCCUAGACAAGGAUGCCCCAGUCCCCUAUGCUGGGGAGAUUUGUGCCUUUAAGAUCUACGGUCAGGAUGCUCCAUUCGAGGCAGUGGUGUUGAAUCGCACAUCGGGAGAAGGAGUCCUGAGGGCCAGUAGCCCUGUGGACUGUGAGAGCCAGAAGGAGUAUACCUUCAUAAUCCAGGCCUACGACUGUGGGGCCGGACCCAGCGGGGCCGACUGGAAGAAAUCACACAAGGCGGUGGUUCACAUCCAGGUGGAUGACGUCAACGAGUUCUGUCCCGUGUUUCGGGAGCCACUGUACAAAGCGUCUGUGACAGAAGGCAAGAUCUACGACAGCAUUUUGCAGGUGGAAGCUUGGGACCAAGACUGUUCACCACAGUACAGCCAGAUCUGCAACUAUGAAAUUGUCACUGCAGGGACGCCAUUUGCCAUAGACCGCAAUGGUAACAUCAGGAACACAGAACGCCUGAGCUAUGAUAAGCAGCAGAGCUACAAGAUUAUGGUGACGGCCUUUGACUGUGGUCAGAAGAGAGCAAAGGAGGAUGUGGCUGUGCAUAUUGAUGUCAAACCUAUCUGCAAACCUGGAUGGCAAGGAUGGAACAAGCGGGUGGAUUAUGAGCCAGGGACUGGAAGCAGGCAGCUGUUUCCCAAGAUGCACCUGGAAACGUGCGGAGGUCCCCUGUCUGGCGUGAAGGCGAUGGUAGAGCUGCAGACCAACCACAUCGGGAAGGGCUGUGACCGUGAAACAUACUCCGAGAAGUCUCUGCAAAAACUCUGUGGUGCAGCAUCAGGCAGCACCGACCUCCUUCCUGCCCCCAGCCCUUCCACAAACUGGACCGCGUCUCUGCUGACUGAUAGUGGCCGAGACAGCGACCUCAUCUACACAUUCGACGGGCGUCAGGCUGCUAAUGUUCCAGAUCACGUGGUGCCCCAAAACCUGACAGACCAGUUCACUAUAGCAACAUGGAUGAAACAUGGGCCCAGUCCAGGACUCAGAGCUGAGAAGGAAACCUUACUGUGUAACUCUGAUAAGACUGAAAUGAACCGCCACCAUUACUCUCUGUAUGUUCACAACUGCCGCCUGGUGUUUCUGCUUAGAAGAGAUUUCACUCAGGUCGACACUUUCAGACCCGCCGAGUUCCACUGGAAACUGGAGCAGAUCUGUGACAAGGAAUGGCACUAUUAUGUGAUCAAUGUGGAAUUUCCUGCAGUGACACUCUUCGUGGAUGGUGUGACUUAUGAACCCUACCUGGUGACAGAUGACUGGCCGAUCCACACCUCGAAGAUUGAUACACAGUUAACUGUGGGUGCCUGCUGGCAAGGUGGUGAGGUCGCGACCCCCAGGUUCACCCAGUAUUUCCAUGGCAGCCUUUCAGGUCUGACAAUCCGACCAGGCCGCAUUGAAACACAAAAGGUUAUCUCCUGUUUGCAGGCCUGCAAAGAAGGCCUUGAUAUUAACUCCCUUGAAAGCCUCGCUAAGGACAUCAAGUUCCAUUUUAAUCCCGCCCAGUCUGUGCUGGUGGUGGAAGGAGAGGAUGUGGACAGCAUCAACACGGCCAUGACCAAGGUUUCCUACAUUAACUCUCGCCAGUUCCCCACGCCAGGCCUCCGGCGGCUACACAUCACUACCACAGUACAGUGUUUCGGGGAGGACACGUGUCUUUUCAUCCCAGACAUCAAGGCGGUAGUGAUGGUCCUGCCGCCUAGUGAACCGAGAAUCACCAUUACAGGAUCUAAUCGACUCGUCAGGCCUGCUGGUGACCUGCGGGGCCCGCUGGGUGUGGCACCCUUCAAAGAGCUUCACAUCACCAGCACAGUGAUGAAGGGAGACAGCUUCGGUGGAUCCCGUAGACCAGGUGUGAUGGAGGUGAUGCAUAACCUGGACUACUGUGAUGUGCUGGUAAUUGGGGAAGAACUGAAUCCUGAGAGAGAGAGUCUGGAGAUUCAUCACAGUGCUUUGUUGGGAAAACAUCUCGAUGCCACCAACUCCACCUCUGGAAUAUCAAUAUAUGGUGUGGACUCCAUGGCUCACUAUGAGCAGGCACUGAGACAGGUGCGCUACAGGAACUGGCGACCUGCCACCCUGAGUGAGAGAAGAUUCAGACUCACUUGCUCUGAACUCAACGGACGUUACACCAGCAAUGAGUUUAAUUUAGAGGUCAGUGUUCUUCACCACUCAGCACCUGUGGAACACGUCAAUCACAUGGCUGCCCAGCCUCAGUACAUGAGACCCGUCCAUCACCCACUCAUGAUACACACUCUCAACUCACACAUGUCAGGACCAGCACCUCCAGCAGCCACAGUAGUUAUUGUGGUUUGUAUCGCCGCCCUGGUGGUGAUUGUGGUCAUCGGCGUGUACAGGAUCCAUGCAACACAUCAGGAUGGGUUCAGAGAAGACGAGGAUGGAGGCAAAGACCCUGAAGAAGAAUGGGACAACUCUGCACUCACCAUUACUGUCAACCCCAUGGAGAACGUAAAAGGAGCUCAGGCGCUUGAUGAAGAGGUAAAAGAAGAAGAACGUGAGGAGGAGGAAGAAGAAGAAGAAGAUGAGGAACAGGUGGGAGGAAUGACAAGUGCUGAGUCAGACAACAGCGAUGAAGACGAAGAGGAGGAAGAAGAAGACGAAAGAGAAGAGAUGAAAGAGAGGAAGCAGAAGGGAAAACUAGAGUGGGACAGUUCCUCCAUAACAUACUGACACACACAUUAACAUAUAA